AUGAACGGUCUAUCAAACCUUAACCAACUUACCAAGUUACCUAGUGACUGUUGGAUUUGUGUCUUAGACUGCCUUUCAGUGGUAGAGCUGCGUCAGAUCGCGUUGGUCUCUCGUGGUCUCAGUAUAACGGUAGAGCCUAUGCUGUAUCGAACAAUCUCCUGGAACUGGGAUCCAGUGCCAAUCCGACCACUGCUCCAACUACUUCAGUCAAUCCUGCGGCAUCCCCGACGUGCAUUUCACGUCCAGCAUGUAAGAUUGAUGUCGAAUACCCUUCUUGAUUCGGCGACGCCAUGGACUGCCCCAUCCCUUAAUCUUAACUGUAUAGAGGAAAUUGCAAACUUUCCUUUUGUGUUACAGCGGACCCAAGCAAUUAUCCAAGAGGCCAGCUUUCCAGACCAACACAGAUGGAGUCAAGCCCUCCAAGAAGGAAAUCCAUAUGCCCUGGUGGCAAUCCUACUAUCCCAACUACAUAAGCUUCGGUCGCUACAUCUGGACUACUCCUUUGUCUGGUUGUAUGGAUUUCCAGGGUUAAUGCUCCGCCAUGCUCUGUUUUCUGCGCCACAGGACUCGCUGUCCAAAUUUCAAUCCUUAACAACGGUAGACUAUGGCGGUAAUGUCCGCCGAGCUCCCCGAGAAAGCUUGUCCACCGUGGGCAUCCCGAAAGAUUAUCCCGCUUGUAAUCCAUAUCAGUUCGGUGCCUGGUUUCACCUGCCGUCACUUCGAUCUUUGGCCAUUUGGCUAAAGACACAGCAGGAAUUUUUAAUUCCAGGAGUACUAUCAAAUAUUACUCAGCUCAACACCCUUAUUAUCGCUCGAUCAACCAUCCAAGAAGACCAGGUUCCAAGCCUGCUAUCAGAGACUGGAAGCCUCAGGACCCUGCACUUGGGUAUGGCUUAUAAAUGUGGACACCACAUAGCUUUAACAAAUGGACCUGCCAUUUUACAGGGCCUGAUAUCCGUCAAACACACUUUAACAAAGCUAUCAAUAGGCUUGGAAUAUUACCCGCCUCCCUUUGGCGACCGCUUUCGUGAAAUUGGUGAGGAGGAGCUGCGAAAGCCGUUUCACAGAUUUCUUAAACACUUUCCGCGUCUCACUUCGGUUGAAGUCCCAGUGGAGUUGCUUAUCGGUUGGGACCCAGAGCCGUCAGUUGAUCUAACUAUGGUAUUACCCAGCACACUCGAGCAGCUGUGCAUCCGUGAGGAGCUCGUGUACCUUACUCCGCGUGACUGGCGUGAUUAUUGGACAGAAAAGUCACUGGAGGAUUGUCUUUUGGAAAAUGCAUCUCGCCUACAGUCACACAUGCCUGAUCUAAGGCAAAUCAGGUUAAGAAGCUGGGCGCCAACUGAACGCGGUAACGUGCGCAGGGUUAAGCAGCGAUUGAUAGUCUACACAAAGUUUAAACAACUGGGGAUCCAGUUUGACUUAGUGUUCGAUCACAUGUCGACGGGGUUGUGGAUUUAA